GAAAGUCUCCUUUACAGUUUCAAGUGAGGAGAAAGAGGCAACUUUAUUGCUUCGAGAUAGCAAAGAUUUACUCUCAACCUUGAUUUAGUUAACUCAAGAUUGCAAGAGAUGAUGAGAGAAAGUUAAUUAUCUCGGGGUUAGCUUACAUAUCUGCUAAAUUGUGCGAGGAAAAUCAUCAAUAAUUGAAUUAAAUUUAUUACCCUUUUUUUGUGCCAUCACUUUCUUUACCUUUGCUCUCUGUCUAUUUUUAUUUACAACUGUGUUUUUUUAUAUACAUUUGACCUCAACGCUGUCCUUUUAAGUUAUUGCUGUUAACUAUUAAAUUAAGUGUUAAACUUCAAUAUGUCGUCGCUAUUUCGUGGUUCCAGUUUAACCAAUAAAUUAUCUAGACGUUUCUAUCGAAUUGAAGGUUUAGAAGAUCAAAGUCUUGAUCAAGGAGCCUUUGUGGAUCAACUCAAUCCAUUUUGCUUUGAGAUAGCAUGGGAAGUGUGCAAUAAAGUUGGAGGUAUUUAUACUGUUAUCCGAAGUAAAGCUCCUGUUAGUGUGGACGAGUUAGGUGAUCAAUAUUGUCUCAUUGGACCUUACAAGGAACAUUGGGUUAAAACAGAGGUUGAAUUGUUGGAACCCAAAGAAAGCUAUUGGAAGGAAACAAUCGAUAGUGUGGCCGCACAUGGAAUUAAAUUAUAUUAUGGUCGGUGGCUGAUUGAUGGUUACCCUCAAGUUAUUUUGGUUGAUAUUGGUUCAGCCAUGUGGAAAUUAGCUGAAUGGAAACAUGAUUUUUGGAAUGUCUGCUCCAUUGGUAUACCUAAUUCAGAUAUAGAAUCAAAUGAUGCCAUUAUUUUUGGCUAUUGUGUCGCCUGGUUUAUGGAAACAUUUUAUACUAAAGUUGCUGCAGCUCAAGACAGUGUCCCGUUACUGGUGGCUCAUUUUCACGAAUGGCUGGCCGGAGUUGGUCUCAUCUUGUGCCGUACUCGCCAUUUAGAUAUUUCAACAAUUUUUACUACCCAUGCAACCCUCUUAGGUCGAUAUUUAUGUGCUGGAGCAGUUGAUUUUUAUAAUAAUCUUGAUAAGUUCAAUUUGGAUAAAGAAGCCGGAGACAGACAAAUUUAUCAUAGAUACUGUAUUGAAAGAGCAGCAGCACAUUCAGCACAUGUUUUCACAACAGUCUCUGAAAUUACUGCAAUUGAGUCGGAACAUUUACUCAAACGUAAACCUGACGUUGUUACUCCAAAUGGUCUUAAUGUUAAAAGGUUUCAUGCAAUCCACGAGUUUCAAAAUCUCCAUUGUAAAGCUAAAGAAAAGAUUCACGAAUUUGUGCGAGGUCAUUUCCAUGGUCAUUAUGAUUUCGAUCUAGAUAAAACUCUUUAUUUUUUCAUCGCUGGUCGAUAUGAGUUUAAUAAUAAAGGAGCUGAUCUUUUUAUUGAAAGUUUAGCCCGUCUCAAUCACGAGCUUAAAUCACAAAAGCCGGACACAACUGUAAUAGCCUUUUUAAUCUUCCCAUCUCGUACUAAUAAUUUCAAUGUGGAGUCUUUGAAAGGUCAAGCAAUUGCUAAGCAAUUUAGGACUACCGUAGAAGAGGUUAAAGAUGAUAUUGGUUCUCGAUUAUUUGAAAUUGCUUUAAGUGGAAACAUGCCAACGGGUGAUCAACUCCUCCAAUCAGCGGACAUUGUUAAACUUAAAAGAUGCAUCCUUUCUGCGCAAAGGUCAACACUGCCACCAAUAUGUACUCAUAACAUGCUUGAAGACUCAACUGAUCAGGUUUUAUCUGCCAUACGUCGAUGUAAAUUGUUCAACAAUCGUUCGGAUCGUGUUAAAGUCAUCUUCCAUCCAGAAUUUUUAUCCUCCACCAAUCCUCUUUUCAGUAUGGAUUAUGAAGAGUUUGUUCGUGGAUGCCAUUUAGGAGUUUUCCCAUCCUAUUAUGAACCAUGGGGCUAUACACCAGCGGAAUGUACUGUUAUGGGAAUACCUAGUGUUACUACCAACCUUUCAGGUUUUGGAUGUUUCAUUGCCGAUCAUGUUGCAGAUCCAAUGUCUUAUGGUAUUUAUAUUGUUGAUCGGCGAUUCAAAAGCCCAGAGGAAUCUGUUCAACAAUUGACUCAACAAAUGUACGACUUUUGCGCGUUAACAAGGCGUCAGCGAAUUAUACAAAGAAAUCGAACUGAAAGAUUAAGUGACUUAUUAGAUUGGAAAAGCCUUGGUGUGUAUUAUGCACGCUCUCGGCGACUUUCAGUUUCCCGUGCCCAUCCUGAGCUUCUUCCAGAAGACGAAUUCGAGGAAAGACUGCAAAUCAAAUAUCCUAGACCUUUCAGUGAACCACCUUCACCUCGUCGAUCUCGUGCAAUGACUCCUGUUGCCUCAAUCCCUGGCAGUGAUGAUGAUAGCUCUGAUGACAAUUAGUUUAUCUUUUUAACCUAAUUAGUCAGUUAAAUGAGAUUGUUAAACAAUAUCAUUUUAAUUUUUUAAGCAAUGAUAACUAAUCAAUGUGGCACUCAAUGAAGAAAAGUCAAAUUAACCCAAAACCCAAUGAGCCAACGCUUGCAAUAAUUGAAGGCUCAAUUACUGAAUUGAUGGUCACUUUUGAUUGUUCAAUGUCGGUUCAACCAUUUUGUCAACCAGUCAGUCAGCAAAAAUUUUUCAAUUCAACCAUCAAGCAAUCAAAGUUAAUUAGAAAGAGUUAAUCUUAUUGGGUGAAAAACUCAACUGUAAAGAGACACAAAAUGACUUUUCAUUAUCAAGUUUCAACCCACUCAUUGUAUGUAAAAUGAAAAAUUCAAAUGAUUAUCAUGCUAUCUUAUACAAUAAUUAACAAUAUUUUAAUCCAAAUCUACCAAUUAAAGGCCUUAUAAAGUCAGUUAAAUUAUAAAGAAGAAAUUAUUAGAAUUGAUUCCAAAUCAACUUACGGUUCAAUGGACAAAUAUGUUUAAUCAAAUACCAAAUUGUGCAAUAAAUCAACUUUUCAAUCCGAAAUUAAGACAUUUGAUUAAAUUGUCUUCCGUAAUUCAAACUAAUAUUAUUGUUCCCAUUAUUGAUUUGACUGUUGAUUUGUUGUUAAUUUUGUUGCCUUUAAUACAAUAUAAAUAAAUGUUAUUUAACAACA